AUGAAGACUUUGUGCCUGAGUGCUCUGCUGGGCCUGGCACUCACAGUUUACUGUGUGCCGAUAUCUCAGCUCUUCGAGAAAGAUGCAAGUUUGGCAAAGAUUACUGGGACUCUGUACGCUGACACCUUGGCACUAAUGAAGAAGCCCCGCUGCGGUGUUCCAGAUGCAAACAUGGCCAGUUUCUCCACUUCUGGAAGCAGCUUUAAAUGGCAGAAGAACAGAAUCACGUACAGCAUGUUCCUGUCUGGCAGGAUAGAGAACUAUACACUUGACAUGUCUGUGGCGAAGGUGGAUGACUCCAUAGAGAAAGCUCUGCAGGUGCAAAUCUACCCUGAUUACCAUCCAACAGGUCAUGGUGACGGCAGCCCCUUUGAUGGCCCUGAUGGCACUCUCGCCCACACCUUUGGCCAGGGCCCUGGGAUUGGAGGAGAUGCCCAUUUUGAUGAUGAUGAAACCUUCAUGUUCCGCUACGUCCUGUUCUUGGUCGCUGCUCAUGAGUUUGGUCACUCUCUGGGCUUGUCUCACUCUGAUGACCCUGGCGCUCUCAAGUAUUCAAUGUACUCGUACAGUAACCUGGACACCUUUGUUCUGCCCUGGGAUGAUGUUAAAGGUCCAAAUGAUGACCCUGUCGAGCCUGGCCCUAUGGCGCCCGUCACGCCUGACGAGACAUGCUCUUCUUCAAGGGCAGGUCACCGCGUGUGGGCGUUCAGCGGCUAUGCCCUCGUGACCGGGUAUCCUAAAUCCAUACCCAGCUUCUGUCCACCCACGGCAGUGGAGAAGGUGGAUGCCGCCCUCCAUGACCCACAGACCAGGAAGACUAUUUUCUUUGUAGGCAGCAGUUACUACAGCUAUGACGAGGCCAGGGUUGACAUGGAUGACGGAAACCCCAAACAAGUGGAUGAGACCUUCCUGGAAAUGAGCUCCGGAGUGACAGCAGCUCUGUAGUACAGAGGUUUCUUCUACUUGUACAGUGGACCGUACAUGUACGAGUUCAGCCAGAGGAUGCUGCUCUGCGUGCUGAGGAACAGCUACUUCCUGUCCUGCUCCAAACUCUAGACCCUUAGACGAGUUCACACAAAAUCCCAAAUUUAAAGGAGAAGAAGAGCCGAUCAUUUUUAAUGAUUUCACUGCUCCUAUCACCAGCAGCUCAGGUGUUUCUGUAACGUCACUGCUUUAUAAAGUUUUCAAUAUAAAUUUACCUGUGGCACAGCCGUCCUUGUUUAUUUGCUGUGAGUCAACCUGUGAACGUCACACACAUCAAACACAAACCAGUUAAAUACAUCAUGUCCAGGUAUGUUACAGCCUGAGGUGGCACAGGUACACACUACGGUAUUUAAGGGACAAGUACAACUUUACUUGACUAAAGGGGCAAAAGUACUCAGAGUACAGAACCAGCACCUGUAUGUUUCAGGUGAUACUCAUAUCAGAAUAGGGUAACACAAACUUUAUUUAAACUGAGGGUCUGACUGAAGAUGGCCUUUAUGGCCUUUAACAUCUGUUGCCUGCUCUGCCUCCACACCUGGACAGGUAAACAAGAGUGUACAGCGGGGUUUGGCAGAUUGAGGAAUCACAGGAUUGGUAGUAGUGGUGCAUCAUGGGAAAGAGAGUCAGUCAGAAUUAAAUUAAUAAAAUAAAUAAAAGUUGGUAUUAGCAGGUUGGACUAUUAUGUAGAGUGGGAUGAGAGUGCCCUCUGCUGGACCUGUGAACAAACUACGAGCAGCUGCUGAUCUUACUUUGAAUGGAAACAUUGAGUUUGAACCACACAGACAGCCAAUGAAAGCGAAGCUGGACAGGUGUGAGUCCUACCUGUGGGUAACCCUGGGACAGGUGACAGAAACAUCUGCUUUCAUAUGUCUAAGAGACAGGAAACUAAUGCAGUGCUUUUACAUAAACGCUGUGGUUGUUUGUUUGUGUCAGUGAUGUCAUUAUAAAGAGCUCAUCAUUUAGAGUAACAGAAGGUGUGAUCUGAUCAGAGGUUUAAACCAGUACAUCUGUUCAGGUACAAUGUGAAGCAGCGACCGUCUCCUGUUGUGUCCUGAGCCGAGCUUCAGGUGAGUCUCACGAGCGCCUCAAAAACAGGAAGUGAGUGGAGAACGGGUGACUGUUACCAGAACUGUACUGUACUACGAGUACACCAGGGCUGUACUUGUAUUGUGUAGUACUUUAUAGUAGUAAAAUACUGUACUAUGAUCAGUUCAAGUAGAAGUGAAAUAAAAAUGGCUGCGGUUACAGAGGAGUGUGAUGUCUGAGCAGGAUAAAACUCUGAUGAUCUUCACUGAUUGCUCUGAUUGCAUACCUGCAGGAAGGCUAGUGUUUGCUGUUCUGGACAUGCUCAGACCUGCAGUUCUUCUAGCCCUGACUGGCCAGUUGAUGGUGUGCACUCUGCUGAGGUCACAUUUUGGGAUUGCCAGGGAUCGCUUGAACCCCCACGGAGUACUUUUUUACAGUAAAAAAGUUGCCGUUACUGAGGUCA